AUGGCACGGACUCUGGAAAUCGCAGUUACACGAUUCAUCAAGAGGUUACUAUAUUCCACUUUCAAAGGAAACAGGUUUACGAAGAUUGGAUUAGCUGCAGUGAAGUUAUUGAACUUGUGGGUGAAUAAGAUGUUACCAAAGCUGACAGCAUUCUACUACGCUUGUCAACUACCUGAACUGUGUGCACAAAGAUAUGGGAGAAGUCCUAGCAUCAGAGAACCUGGUGUCUGCUAUUUACAGAAGGAUGCCAAACCAAAACAAGGACGUUGUAAGCCUAGUUGUAGUGGCACCAAACUACCUCCAGAUCUACCAACAAGGCAACGUUUUGUGGGUCGGGAAAUUUCCCACAGGUGGAUAGUUUAUGAGUCAUCAGACAAUUGCAAAUGGUACCGUGGCAGUGUUUUAGAUGUUACCUCUGGUCUUGAUGGUAACCCUGAUGCUGACAUUUAUUACCAUUCAGAAGAUGAAACAUAUUCCAUCAACCAUCUAGUGCAGGAUUUCAAAGAGGAUUCGGUCAAAUUUAUUGAUGCAUAA